UUGGCGCUGCGCGCCUCUGUCGUCUCUGUUUACGUUGUCGCUGCACGACGACGACUGUGCAAGCGGAAGCCGCAGUCGGCGGAGCCGGCCAGACGUCCAGUGGCCACCGGGAGUUCACACACCCACUCCGGGUACUGCCGGAGGAGUCCCCCCUUCACGCAGCCAAUACACGGUUGAAGAAGUUCAAAAACUGCAAAGGUGACACGAGCCGAACUAGAGCCGAGCAGAGCAGGCGUCCACUUGAAUGAAGGCAGCCAUGUUUCCUGAUGCCCUGGAAGCAGCUGGCCGGGUGGAGGGUUUGUCCCUCUCCUCCCCACAAUCACCAUUGGAGCCAGAUGAAGAGGAGACAGAAACAGAAGUGGGUAGAGGACAAAAGAGAAGAGGCCGUUACCGGCACAGCCUGCAGCUACUGAAGCCCUUCAGGAUAACACACAAGCACCAGCACCCAGUCGAUAAUGCUGGCCUAUUCUCCUUCAUGACUCUGCACUGGCUCUCUCCACUGGCAUGGAAAGCCUACAAAGCAUCCAGUUUGUCCAUCAAUGAUGUGUGGGGCUUGUCCUGCCAUGAAGCCUCUGAAAUCAACUGCCAGAGGCUGGAGUCCUUGUGGCAUGAUGAACUGAAGAAACGAGGACGCGAGGGGGCGUCCCUAACAAGAGUCCUCUGGAGGUUCUGCCAGACCCGCAUGCUGGUGGCCAUCUUCUGCCUCCUCCUCACAAUGGUGGCAGGCUUUGUGGGACCUGCAAUCCUGGUACGUGCUCUGCUGGAGUACUCGCAGAGCUCUGAGAGCUGGCUGCCCUACGGCCUGUCCUUGGUGGCAGGGAUCUUCUUGAUGGAGCUGAUGCGCUCCUGGUCUUUGGCUCUCAUGUGGGCCGUCAACUACCGAACAGCAGCACGCCUGAGAGGGGCAGCGCUCACUUUCGCAUUUCAUAAGAUUCUCCGCCUGCGCAGCACCAAAGACAUCGGUCCAGGAGAGUUGAUCAACAUCUGCUCCUGUGAUGGCCAGCGGCUGUAUGAAGCGGUGUCAGUGGGCUGCCUGCUGGCUGGUGGUCCCCUGGUGGGGAUACUGGGCCUGUCCUACACGGCAUGCUUUCUGGGACCAACCGCCCUAGUGGGGUCAGCCAUUUUCAUCAUCUUCUACCCAACCAUGAUGCUGGCAUCGCGUCUGACAGCGUAUUUCCGCAAGAAGUGUGUGGUGGUCACUGACCAGCGCGUGAGACUUAUGAACGAGAUCUUAGGCUGUAUAAAGUUCAUCAAGAUGUAUUGCUGGGAGGAUGCCUUUGCUCAGAACAUCCACAAGGUCCGCUCAGAAGAGAGAGGGAUACUAGAGAAAGCUGGGCUGGUCCAGAGCCUCACAGUUGGCGUGGCUCCCAUCGUCGUUGUGAUAGCCAGCGUGUGCACCUUUACUCUGCACAUGGCCUUGGGUUAUGAACUCACUGCAGCUGAGGCAUUCACUGUGGUUGCAGUUUUCAAUUCCAUGACCUUCGCCCUCAAGGUCACACCUUUGGCCGUGAGGUCCCUGUCGGAGGGUGCCGUGGCAGUCAAAAGAUUUCAGAGGCUUUUCAUGAUGGAUGACAGAGAGGUAGUAAUGGCCAAAAUGGAGGAUCCCAGCAAUGCAGUGGAGUUUCGGGAUGCUACGCUGGCGUGGGAAAAGGCCCGCUCCCCUGCAGAGAAACUUUAUCCACCACCAAAGAAGGCAUUUAAGAAAGGGGGCAUGAGGCGAGUGCUUCGUAGGGAGAAACUCAGCUUGUACAUCAUCACAGAGGAAAGCAAGGAAAACAGCGAGGGGACCAAUGGGCAAAGUCUGCUUACCAAUAUGGAGCAGGAGAGUCCACAGAGCACCAUCUCUUCAACUCAAAGCAUAAGACCUCCGCUGCACAAGACCCUGCACCGAGUCAACCUACGUAUCAAGAGGGGGACGCUGGUUGGAAUCUGUGGAAGUGUGGGAAGUGGGAAGAGCUCUCUUUUGUCUGCUUUACUUGGCCAGAUGACCCUGCUAGAGGGCAAUGUAGCAGCCAGUGGCGGUUUUGCGUACGUUUCCCAGCAGGCCUGGAUCCUCAAUGACUCACUCAAGGAGAAUAUUCUGUUUGGGAAAGAGUACAACCAAGACAAAUACUGUGCUGUUUUGGAGGACUGUUGUCUUGUCCCUGAUCUUGCGGAGCUACCAUAUGGAGAUAUGACCGAGAUUGGAGAGAGAGGAGCCAACCUGAGUGGUGGACAGCGUCAGAGAGUGAGCAUGGCCCGAGCCCUCUACAGCGAGAGACCCAUCCUCCUCCUGGAUGACCCUCUCAGCGCUGUUGACUCUCACGUGGGUUUCCACCUCUUCCGCCGAGCCAUCAGGGGCGCUGUUAAGGGCAGAACUGUGCUAUUUGUAACACACCAGCUGCAGUAUCUGUCAGAGUGCGACGACGUAAUUCUGAUGAAGGACGGGCAGAUUGCCGAGCAUGGCACCCAUGCUCAGCUAAUGGGCAAAGAGCGUGACUACGCCACCCUAUUCAACAAUAUGCAACAGGAGAACCUGGUCAAACAGAACCUUAGAAAUAAGCAGCAGAGGGCAGGGGAGGAAAAUACGGAGACCACUGUCGCUGUUGCCAAGGUCACAGGACCACAUGUGGAAACGAAGAAAGGAGAACAACUGAUGAAGGCUGAAGAGAAGGGAUCUGGUGCAGUAGCCUGGUCUGUGUAUGCUGCCUAUAUCAAAGCAGCCGGCGGGCCCGUAGCAUUCAUUGUCAACAUCUUCCUCUUCCUGUCCACCACAGGCAGUAUAGCCUUCAGUAACUGGUGGCUGAGCCACUGGAUAAGGCAGGGCAGUGGGAAUGCAUCUUUAAUCUUCUUGAAUGAAACGGCGGUGGCAAGCAACAGUAUGAGUCUCAACCCUGACAUUCAGUACUAUUCGACUGUCUACAUCCUGUCCAUGGGAGCUACUUUGCUUCUGAAGACAAUGAGAGGGCUGGUGUUCGUAAAGUGCACCGUGAGGGCUGCCUCUGUGCUCCAUGACAAGCUGUUCCAAAGGCUUCUUCUCAGCCCCAUGCACUUUUUUGAGACUACACCUCUGGGUCGGAUCCUGACCCGCUUCUCCAAAGACAUGGACGAGGUGGAUGUGCGCCUGACCAUGCAAGCAGAGAUGCUGCUCCAGAACCUGACCCUGGUGCUCUUCUGCUUGGGUAUGGUGGGGAUUGUCUUCCCCUGGUUCCUACUCUCCAUCGUGCCCCUUGGUGCCUUCCUCUGCAUUGUCAACCGUGUCUCCAGGUUUCUGCUUCGAGAGCUAAAGCGCCUGGAAAACGUCAGCCAAUCUCCAUUCACCUCUCACAUCACCAGUAGUCUCCAGGGGCUCUCUACCAUCCAUGCCUUUGGAAGAGGGCAUGAUUUCCUUGGCAGGUAUCAGGAGUUGUUGGACACCAAUCAGGCCUCUCACUACCUCUUCAGUUGCGCUAUGCGUUGGUUGGCUCUCCGACUGGACCUUAUCAGUAUCACCCUCAUCACUACUGUGGCACUUCUCAUUGUCUUCAUGCACAAGCAAAUACCUCCAGCCUAUGCAGGCUUGGCCAUAUCCUACGCAGUGCAGCUGGCUGGCUUGUUUCAGUUCACAGUAAGGCUGCUCUCAGAGACUGAGGCUCGGUUUACAUCAGUUGAGAGGAUCAAUCAUUAUAUAAAGAGUCUAGAGAGUGAGGCGCCCAGACAAAGUGAUGGGCCAUCUACUCCUGUCCCGUCCUGGCCUCAGCAUGGAAGAGUCUCCUUUCAGGAUGUGGAGAUGCGUUACCGUGAGGGUCUGCCGUUGGUGCUCAAGGGGCUGUCAUUCACUGUCCUGCCCGAGGAGACAAUUGGCAUUGUGGGCCGCACAGGGUCAGGAAAGUCCUCUCUGGGAGUAUCUCUGUUCAGACUGGUGGAGCUGACAGGAGGCACCAUUACCAUUGAUGGAAUUGACAUUGCACAGAUUGGUCUUGAUGACCUGCGGAGCAAAGUGGCCAUCAUCCCUCAGGAGCCCGUUCUCUUCAUUGGGACAGUCAGGACCAAUUUAGACCCAUGGGGCCAAUACUCAGAUGCACAGAUAUGGGAAGCGCUUGAGAAAACUCAUAUAAAAGAAAUGGUCAGCCAACUGCCUCACUCCCUGCAUUCAGAGGUAACAGAGAAUGGUGGGAACUUCUCAGUGGGAGAGAAACAGCUGCUGUGUGUAGCCAGGGCCCUGCUGAGACACAGCAAGGUCCUACUGUUGGAUGAAGCAACAGCGGCCAUUGACACAGAGACAGACCGUCUCAUCCAGGAGACCAUUCGCAAUUCGUUUGACAGUUGCACCACCCUUAUCAUUGCCCACCGUCUCAACACAGUGAUGAGCUGCAACAGGAUCAUGGUGCUGGACAAUGGCCAGAUUUUGGAGUUUGACAGUCCCACUGCCUUGCUGGCAGAUGAAAACUCCAGACUCAGAGCCAUGAUAAACGCAUCGGAGACCCAACUGGGUUAAACCAGACAAGCACUGAACUCAUCAUCACACCAUUAAAAAUACAGCACUCAAUACCUGAGCUGCACAAAAGAAAAAAGAAAAAAGCCAUUCCUGCCAUGAAGCAAAAACACUUUUAAAAUAUGUACAGUAUGUAUAAACACACUUGCAAAUGAAGAAGCUGUUACAUGUAAGGAAUGUCUGUUGAUUUUACAACCAAAAACUUUUAGUGUCCUUAUUUUUAGGGGACACAUCCAACAAGGUCAAAUGUGACUGCAAAGACGGACAACAUUUCCUCCGGUUCUUUGCUGCUGUAUCAUAAGAGCUCAUUUCUUGAAGGCCAAAGGAUUAAUUGCAAAUAUAAUAGAGCAUUGGCUCUGACAAAGGCACUUUAUAUUCCACAUAGAUACACUCAAGUGUGUGUGGUGCUUCUCCUAGCUGCAGAAGGUAGGGGAAAAAAAAGUGAGAGUCAUCAUUUGGGUUUUUUAGAUAUUUUACUUCUAAAAAAAACCCUGCUCAAUGUAGACAUGCACAUUCAAGUGGAAAAUUAUUUAAUAUGCCUCUAUGACAAAUCUGACUUGAUUAAAAUAGGUUAACCGAAAUCUCUAUAGAGUAUAGCAUUACUAACGUAAAUGAUUGCAAGUAUUCAGUAGUCAACACACUGUAUUUUCAAAAGAACACAGAGUACUACCACAGUAACUAUUCCACUGCUGUCUAUUAGUAAUUCAUUUUUUUGUAUGAUCAUUUCUGUUAAUAAAAGCAGGUGCAGCCUUCCGAUUUUAUAUUUGGAUGAUGUAGGGGAGUGUGUGUGCUUUUAGAUGGCAUGCAUAGAUUGUGCUGAGUGAAUCAGUGGUACCCCUAAAUCAAAAUGCCAUAGUUCAAAACCUGCACAUGUUUAUGCUGUGACAAUGUCUGUAGUACGAAUGUAAUUUUGAUGUCUAAUAAGGUGUAAAAUCCUACAGCAACAUGGAAGAGGUAAAAUUAGAGAAGAAAUAGAGCUUGUAACAUAAACUGCACAUUAGAUCUUCUUGACCAACAUUUAAGUUGUUCAACAUUGGGAACCAUCUUUAAAAUUUGUUUUAACAAAGUUUAGGGUUUCGAAUAUCUGCCUUAAAGCAUAAGCAGAUCGAUCAAGAGGAGUGCCGUGUAUUUUUGUUACAUUGAUAAAUUGUCAAGGUUGCCUUUGUACAAGACUUGCGAUUGUAAUUUUGCAAUAUCUUAUUUGUAAAUGUUUGAUUUGUCAGAAAAAUUAUUUUACAAUAAAGGUAUUUUUGUAUA